UACUUUACGAUCUCAAAGCUAUUUCGGUACUCGAACUGUAAUCAUCUUCUCGCAUAUUUACAAAUUUACAUAUCUGCGUAUUUACAUACGAUGUCUUGCUGCUGUUUUCCGGGCGAUGUCCUCGUGACCAUGAAAUCCGGGGGAGUAAAGAGGAUGGACAAGCUGAUUCGGGGUGAGGAGAUUUUGACCUUAUCGAAAGCGGGUGGGGUUCCGAAGUACACCCAGUUUUACACGUGGAUUCAUCGAGAAGUUGACAGAGAGACGGAAUUCGUCGUGAUUACGACGAGCACGGGAAAAAUGCUGAAAAUUACGGGGGAUCAUUUGCUCUUUGGGGAGGGACGCGUCGCAAAAAGGGCGGGAAUGGUUAAGGAAGGUGACAAACUUUGCAUGAUUUCUGGAAAACGUCUGGUGGAAGAAGUCGUCGUGGACGUUUCCAUGGAAAUCCAGAUCGGCGUCUACGCCCCAUUCACGAUGAGCGGGGAUUUCAUCGCGAACGGAUUCUUGGUCGCGUGCUACUCCGACAUUGACAAUUUCGACGUUGCUCAUGCAUCCAUGCUGCCCUUAAGGAUGUUCCACAAACUGGACAAAUCCUGGAAGAAGGGGAACAAAAAUCAGGAAGGACUUCACAUCUACGCCAGAAAUUUGAUGAAAAUUUGGGAAAAUUUGCCACCUCGAGUUCAAACUGCGAUUCAAAAUUGAACUAGAUACAAAUGAAAGUCGAUCAAUCGAAAACAGAAAUACUUGAUAAUACAAAAGGCAUACUUGCCUACAUACGUACAUACAAAUACGAAAACAAACAUUAUGUGUAUAAAUACUUUUUCAAUGAAUAAAUAAAAUCAGGAAUUGAACUUUGAA